UAAACUGCUAUAGUGUAGACGAGUUGUAAAAUAAAGAGAUUUUGUUGAAGUGAAUUAAACGGUUUUAUUUGUCAAUCCAGAGAUACGAACCUAGUAAAGUAAACUAGUAAGGAGUAAAUUCGCAACAAUAUGAAUAAUAUGUGAUUUAUAUUUAAUGAACACAGAUAAGUAAAAUCGUGUGAUAAUAUUAUAAUAUUACGAGCGAAUACCCGGGGUGACUGAAGUACUUUCGCGUAGUACUCCUUUCAGCGUUGGUGGCCUUCUGCCGCACUCUACAAAAAUAACUCUGGCCGAGCGAAUACCCGGAAUUUCAGGAAAUUGCCUUAUCAUGACAUGGCAGCGCUCCAUUUCGUCGUAAUUUUUGGUAAACAAAUGCGGUUCAAACGAGUGUAAAAUGGAGUUUUUAAAAUAAAGGUUUUUUAGAUGAUUACAAGGGUAGAAAUCAUGACGACGAGAACAUGGCUUUUAUUUCCCUUAACUUCAAGGACGUAUAACUCAAUGAACAAAUUUUUUAAACUAAUUUUUUGCUAAAAAGCAGUCGAAAUCCGGGCUUCUGGUCAUGAAACCGCCCCUAAUAUGAUAACCCUUACCAAUGGUUGGAAUGGAACCUUUUAGUUAUUGUGUGAAUAUUGUUAUUAUAUGAAAUUUGGACAUUUUUCGUGGUGAAUUCGAACAUCAGAAUUUCAUUCAGCUUCCAAGAUAGUUGACUAGAUGUACACAAUCACAAACUUCUACAAUUACGAUCACGAAUCGAUUAAAAUUUGAUAUGUGAGGAGUAACGUAAAUAAGCAGCCUGCCCUACCUAUUACUUACCGACUAUGAAUAAAAGUUAUAGUGUAUAGCGGGGCAUAAGGGAAGCAGAAGUGGACAUGUCGCAUACCCUAUGUUUAAUUAUAUGGCAUCCUGAUAAAAAUGAACACCCAGAUGCUAAUAAGAUUUUCGUUAAAAUAAAGCAAGCAUAUGAGUUGCUAAGUGACCCUGACCGACGGCGAAUGUAUGAUCAGCAUGGAAUACGCAGUGAAGAUUCGCAUUUUUUUGCAGCUAAGAGUGAUUUAUACCGUAAAACUUCCUCGGAACAAUUCGAGAAUUUUUUUGGAAAACAGUUUAAUGCCGACAAUGAUAUCAGCUUCUAUCACAGAAUCUCGAUAACUAUCAAGAAUUAUGAGAAGAAAAUUGUUCCAAACAGCAAGUUCACACCUUAUAUUGUCAUGUUUUAUAAUGAUUGGUGUUUUCGUUGCACGCGACUUAUCAGUGUAUUUAAAAGGCUAAUCGACGCUUUGGAACCACUAGAUAGUCCCCAGGAGUGCUCACUCAGGAAAGCUAUGGCAAUCUUUCUCACAAACCAAAUUAAGGCACGGUUUGAGUUUCAAAUUUUUGGAAUAAAGGAAGUUUCAAAGAAUUUGCAACUUUAUCGCUUUCGCUGUAACUGUAUGGAAGUGGAAAAACUUUGGGGAAUUAACUUUGCAGCAGUUAAUGCUGCAUACGAGCCGGGUUUAGUUAAAAAAUCGGGUGUGAGCUCUAUACCAAGUUUGGUUAUAAUUCUAGAUGGACACUGCUACAUAUAUCGUGAAAAUGUUUAUACUCUGCCUAAAAUUAAAGAAUUUAUAAGAAAAAAGAUGCCAUAUUCAAUUAAGCAGAGAAUAUAUGACCAUAAUGUGGAAGAUUUUUUGGGAGGUUGGAUUGACAAUAGAGUACGAGCGCUAAUUUUGGAACCGAGAAAUAAAACGAGACUUCGGUAUUUAAUAAGUGCAUACUCGUUCCAGUACAGAGUUGCGUUUGGAUUCAUUGACUUGAAUGAUAGUAGAAGUGAACAAAUUCAAAAACUGUUCAAGGUUAGUUCAAAUCUCGACACACUGCUAAUGUUUAAUGAAGAUUCCCGCAGACCACGAGCACAGAUUUCAUUGCCUGAGAUUCCAGUUCAAACAUUAAAUGACAUGAUUUGUUCAAAUCAAUAUCUUUCAUUACCGAGACUGUCAUCACAACAAGUUAUGGAAGGAGUAUGCCCAGCUGAGUGGAGUCAACCUCGAAAACGGUUAUGUGUUAUUCUUAUUACAGAAAACAACGAUUCUCAUAAUUUCGCUCGCAGUGCCUUCCGCAAUAUUGCUCUUCAAGCUGAAUAUAGCAUAGAAAGAGUCCGAUUUGCAUAUAUAUUCAAGGAAAAACAAAAGGAGUUUAUUAACGCGAUUUCCAAGGGAGCCGAAGCAGACCAGCUGAGUCCUAUAGUAAUUAUUUGGCGAUAUGAUCAAACUCACAUAAAAUACGAGUGGGUUAAGGGAUCUCAUCUUAACAUGGAUUUCAACCUAUAUGAUUCUAAUGAACAAGUUAUAAACUUAACUAGACGUUACAUUGACAACACCAUCCAAAGACUCCUGAGGACAAGUGAAACAUUCAGCUACGAAACUUUUGUCAAGAAUCUCUUUGACGAACAUGCACAAAGCUUAAUCAACAGAUGGUUAUCCAAGGUCGAGUAUAUAAGUGAAUAUUUGAAUGACAACUUGGAGAAGGAACAUGUAUUAGCGUUGUUGUCUCUGCUGGGAACUAUUAUAUUUAUGUUUGCUGUGGGCUAUGUUAUGGUUUAUUUUGUUCGGGUUGAAGAAGAAAACUUAAAACAAAAGGGACACUUCAAUGGAAGCAACUCUACUUCUCUGAAGCAAAGCCGCAGCCCACCGGAGUUGAAAUUACAUGAACUUAGAGCUGAAAAAUAUAAUGGCAUGGUUCGGUUGUUGAAACCGGGAUGUAGAACUAUAAUUUUACUUACCGAUAUAAAAACGCGACCUAAGCUAAUUCCUUCUUUUCACAAAGCUGUCUGGCCUUACCGGAAAUCCAAAACACUAUUAUUCGGUCAUAUGCUUAUUGAAAAGGGGCUGUUAUGGUAUUCUGAACUGCUAAGGUUGUCUUUGUGCGAAUCAAAGACAUUUAAGAUUAAUCCCCGGAACUGUGUUGGUACCGUAAUUGCUUUAAAUGGUCACAGAAAAUAUUUUUGCAUGUACCACGCUAAACAUCCAGAGACGAACAAUGAUAGAAAGAGGUUAAUGAAAAUGAAAAAACAUCUUGAGCGAGAUACUACCGAUCCGGAAGUAGGGGCAUUUGUUGAAGUUCACUCAGAUGAGUCGGACUGCGAGCAAAAAAUCUUAUUAGAGGAAAAUCUUUUGGAUGGUUUAAGUAAUUGGUUGGACAGGUUAUUUGAAGGAUCUACUCAUAGAUACAGUGUCAAUUACUGGCCAGAUUUUCCAACUAAAUAACUUCCUAAUGUUGUUUGAAAUACUUGUCUUUUCAUGCCGUAAAAUAAAUUGUACAAGUUAAAAUAGGACUUAAAGCUUUCUUAACGGUAUUAAUGCGUUAUCUAUGUAUAUAUAAUAUAA